AGGCGGAAAUUAGUUCAAUAAAAUCAACUAUGACGAUGCUCAAGUACGAGGAAAUGAUCAAUACGGCAGUUUUCUGCCUUAACGAUCCGAAAAGCCUCUCGUGGCCUAAGGCAGAACCUUUUGUAGCCAAUGAGUUUUUAUUUGAUUACGAACAAUAUUUGCCCCUGUAUCACUAUCCCAAAAAUAGGGUGCUCAAACAGAAGUCUGUAUACACUGACGGGCAGUGUGGCGAUGUUGUCGACCUCGUGGAUUGGGAAACCGCUCUUAUACGCUCCGAGUAUUCGGGAGUGCUGAAUAGAGACGGCAAAUGGAAUCCGGCUGGAAGCGAACCAGCCGCGCCCUUUCCUAAGGCCAUUGAACCUCCGACCAGUGAGUUUGUUGCACUCCAGACGGAGAUUCGGCUCAUCAUGUUACAAGAAGUCAGCGCAAAAUGCCGAAAAUUACAUGGCCCAAAUCAUAAAGAGAUUUGCAAAUCCAAAAUCUCAGAGUCAGUUGUUAGAAGGAUAGCUAUGGGAGUUGGUCGGACACUCAUCACGUGCAGAGCCGUGCUGCUGGACCGCGACCAUGACAGGAAAACCAAUCUACCAUACGAUUAUCUAAAAGAAAGGCAGCAAUGCUUGUCAGGCGAUUACCUUUCUGUCGCUUUGGCAGUUUCAAUCGAAAAUCAAAAUGGCCAUAUCACAGACAGAGUACUAGUUCGGACAAAUGACAGGAUUGAAGUUAUUUUCAAGAAUAGGAAUAAAUUGUAUAUGAAAGGCAAUGUCAAUGUCUGUCAUAGCGCUGGACCUGGGGCAAGGUCCAGACUCAAAGCAAAGAAACGCCGACACUAACGCGCCAUUAGACCGGAAUAAAGCCCUAUAAUGCUA